CGGAAGGAGAGCGGCGUUUCCGCGGUGCGUCCCUCGGCGGUGCGCGCCCUAUACGUCGGGAGCCCCUGAAACUGGCGCUUCCGGCCAUUCAUACUCCGGGCCGCUGGGUCCUGCUCCUUGUUUUUUGUGCGCUAUCAGGUUGAAAGGUUGACGGCGCUGUUAAGAUGAAGCUUGUAAGAUUUUUGAUGAAAUUGAGCCAUGAAACCGUCACCAUUGAAUUGAAGAAUGGAACACAGGUCCACGGAACAAUCACAGGCGUGGAUGUCAGCAUGAACACGCAUCUGAAAGCUGUGAAGAUGACCCUGAAGAACAGAGAGCCGGUGCAGCUGGAAACGCUGAGCAUCCGGGGAAACAACAUUCGCUACUUCAUCCUGCCAGACAGCCUGCCGCUCGACACUCUGCUCGUGGAUGUUGAGCCCAAGGUGAAAUCUAAGAAGAGGGAAGCAGUGGCAGGAAGAGGCCGAGGCCGAGGUCGAGGAAGAGGACGUGGCCGCGGCAGAGGCCGAGGGGGCCCCAGGCGAUAACGCCCCUAAGAUGACUGGUGUGGAAAUGAGCAGGGAAGUUUUUUUUGUACAGGUUUUGUCAGUUUUUAAUAAAUGUAAUUGUGGGA